AUGCGGAUUUGCCGAAGCAUAAACAUAAAAUUCUGUUCAACAAAAAAGGAGAGAAGCAGUAAAAUUCCGAAAAUGACCGCAAAAUCUCUCGUCUGUCCCUCUCCAGGGACAUAUCAACGCGACCCAGCACACUUACCGCUGCGUUGUCGAUUCGUCGUCGUCGUCGUCGUCGUCGAAGGUUGUGGUCAGCGAAUUCGGACGACUAUUAAGGAAGAUCUAUGGCACUUCGGAUUGAUUAUAAAUUGUUCGCCGAUUUUCUGUGGCCUUGUCAGCGGCGAAGGCACGACAUGA